CGGUCGGGCAUGCGCACUACGUGUCCUCCGAGGCCGCCCGGCUUUUCCCGCCCUUCACUGGCCUCCGGAGGAGAGUCAGAGUUCACGCCCCUGUCUGGGGAAUACCUGCGCACAAGCCAGAGGAUGCGGGGACUAGUAGGUGGCAGACGUCCUUCUGGCUCAGAAUCUUAAGGGGUAAAGGACACACUCUGGGACUCUCAACUCCGCCGAGAGCCAGGAGGCGGGAAGAGGUGUGUGGGCGGGGUCAGGGGUGAAAGGUCAUAGGGCCGCGAAGGGGGCGGAGCGAACCGGAGGCGGAUGGCGGCUGCGGCGGCUCUUCAUCUUUGGCGGCAGAGUCACUGAAGCGGGGACGCGGCUCCGGCGCGUCCGGCAGCGGGAGAAGAGCGGCGGCCGCUCCCAACAUGCACAGCCUGGCGACCGCUGCGCCUGUGCCUACUGCACUGGCUCAAGUAGAUAGAGAAAAAAUCUAUCAGUGGAUCAAUGAGCUGUCCAGUCCUGAGACAAGGGAAAAUGCUCUGCUGGAGCUGAGUAAGAAGCGAGAAUCUGUUCCUGACCUUGCACCCAUGCUGUGGCAUUCAUUUGGUACUAUUGCAGCACUUUUACAGGAAAUUGUAAAUAUUUAUCCAUCUAUCAACCCACCCACCUUGACAGCACACCAAUCUAACAGAGUUUGCAAUGCUCUGGCAUUACUGCAAUGUGUGGCAUCACACCCAGAAACCAGGUCAGCAUUUCUUGCAGCACACAUCCCACUUUUUUUGUACCCCUUUUUGCACACUGUCAGCAAAACACGACCCUUUGAAUAUCUUCGGCUAACCAGUCUUGGAGUUAUUGGGGCCUUAGUGAAAACAGAUGAGCAAGAAGUAAUCAACUUUUUAUUGACAACAGAAAUUAUCCCUUUGUGUUUGCGCAUUAUGGAAUCUGGAAGUGAACUUUCUAAAACGGUUGCCACAUUCAUCCUCCAGAAGAUCCUCUUAGAUGACACAGGUUUGGCAUAUAUAUGUCAGACAUACGAGCGUUUCUCCCAUGUUGCCAUGAUUUUGGGUAAGAUGGUCCUGCAGCUAUCCAAAGAGCCUUCUGCCCGUCUGUUGAAGCAUGUAGUGAGGUGUUACCUUCGACUCUCAGAUAAUCCCAGGGCACGUGAAGCGCUCAGGCAGUGCCUCCCUGAUCAGCUGAAGGACACCACCUUCGCCCAGGUGCUAAAAGAUGACACCACCACGAAACGCUGGCUGGCACAACUGGUGAAGAACCUGCAAGAGGGCCAGGUCACCGAUCCCCGGGGGAUCCCCCUGCCCCCUCAGUGAUCCUUCCCCACCCCCUUCUCCUGCUCCCCUGAGUUGGGGAAGGGAGGGGGAACCUGGAGGAAAACAGCUCAGGUUUUACCGCCGACCGGGAAUAGACAACCUCAAUGCUGAACUGCACUGGAGAAGAGAGGGGCAAGCUCAUCCCGCUGAGGUGUACGGGCUACCGUCUCAGGCCGCCUCUGGGACCUGGGCUCCCUCCACCACUCCCAGGAGGGAGAUGGGCUCCUGACACCGCAGUCUGCCACCGCAGCUCCAGGAGGCUGUCAACACCAGCAAAUGCUGUGUCCGCAGCAUGCCCAAGAUGGCCCCUCUCCCCCACCCGUACCAGCUGCUGGCGGGGAGGGAGACGUGCUGGUGGCAGCACUCUAGGCAUGCUGAACACCUGGGACCAAGACAAGCCGUGUGGCGGUCUUUUCUUUUGCCUUCCUGGAAGACUCAAGAUGUGUCUCUUCAUCCUCUCUCUCAGUAUUUGUUUACUUUGAUCUUUUGUUUUUAAUGUCAGAGAGAGGCGUGUUUAGUGGACACAAGCUGUAAUACUCAGCAAAACUUUGUCAAUUGGCACUGUUUACAAGUCUGUUAGCUGCAUAAGCUUAAUAAAAAGUUGGUCUGGGCAUUA